ACUAGUGGUGCAAUUUACACCCUAAAGAGGAAGAGAAAACCUCGUCCUUCGUUUUCACCACCACUCCCUUCUCUCUCUCUCUUUCUCUCUCUCUCCUCUUUUCCUCGCUCAAAUGGUCUCCGAUCCCCGAGGUCGACGACGAUGAGGCGAAGCUUCGCCGCGCCCUCUCCUCCCCUUCGUACAGCUAUGAAUCAUGUGAGAGCCGCGCUCCUCGGCGCCCGCGCCGCGCCGCCGCAGCCGCCGCUUUUUGCCGCCGCGGCGCUCUUCCACUCGACUCCGGUGUUGGAGCGGAAGAGGAGGACCCAAUGGCACUACAGAUUCAACUACUAUGCAAAACGAAGGAGAAAUAAAGAAUCAAAAACGACGUUGCUACGAAAUAUCUCCGAUUAUGCUGAAUACCUUUUUCAGAGCUGGAGAGAUGAAGAAGAACAUAAUGAAUCUCAUGGCCCUUCAUGGUUUAGAGGACACUAUUGGGUUAGGGGAACAAAUAAAAAUGGCCUUCAUUCAAACAAAGGAAACUAUGGAAAUAAUGGAAAAAUAAGACUUGAGUUUUGUUCAAGUGAUGAUGAUGAUGAUAGUGAUGUUGAGACCAUCUUUCGUUCUACGUUUGGAGGCCAGCGAUACUCUUAUUGGUCUUUUGAUAGUUCUGAAAAUUUUGGAUGGAGGAGCUCUUCUAACCGUGCUUAUCACGAAAGCUCCUCUAGGGAUUGGAGAUAUGAAACAGAUGAAGAAACCGAUGCUUCCACUCACUCUGAGUUAGCUUCUGCUCGGCAAGCUCUUGGAAUGAGUGUUUGUGGUCCCCUAAAAUUGGAGGAUGUUAAAAGCGCAUAUCGAGCUUGUGCUCUAAAAUGGCAUCCGGAUCGUCACAAUGGUUCAUCAAAGGUGGCAGCUGAGGAGAAAUUCAAGCAUUGCAGUGCAGCUUACAAGACACUAUGUGAUAGGUUAGCUACAAGUUAAGAUAAAAGGUUUUAAAACAUUGAAACCCAUUUCGGAUAUCAUUCUUAUGCAAGGGAGGGAAAUAAUCUGCGAAAUUGGAUAUGAUGGAGAGCGCUGCACCGACAUCUAUUUCCUCGUCAGUUUUUUAUUGUAACAAAGAAUAAGUUAUCCACAAAAUCUUCAAGUAGAGAGGGAUUUCCUCUUGCGGUAAAUUUAGCGUACCAUUUGAAAUGAUGUUUUUAGAUAUUAUUGUUACUUAAAAGCUAGAUUAAAGGCAUAUAAGCUACGUUCCAAUCUGUGUUGAGACUUGGUGCUUUUGUUCAGUCAUUUGUAUCUAGAGCUGCUGGUUUAAGAGUACAUGAUUAAACUUGUCACGGAAAUGUGUUGCAACCGGAUAAUGAAAGAGACUGUAGCAUUCUUAUAUGUGCAGUUUCGCAAAGAGACUCAUAUCUGGUAUAUAGAGAAUUGCAUUUACUGAA